AUGCGAAAAAUUUCAUUGAAAGAUGAUAUAUAUCUUUAUUGGGCGUCGGGUAGUAUUCCUUGUUGGCGUGUACAAAUUGCUUUAAGUGAAAAACACAUUAUCGAUUAUAAACAUCAAAUGAUUUCAUUAGAUCAAAAUGAACAUAAAAUGAAACCGAUUAUCGACCAAAAUUUACGAGGACAAAUACCUUCACUUAAAAUUGGAAAUAUUGUUCUUAAUGAAUCUUUAGCAAUAUGUUUUUAUCUAGAAGAUUUAAUAAAAAAUCAAGGAAUUAAAUUUUUACCUCAAGAUCCAUAUUUACGAGCACAAGUACUUCAAUGUACUUUUGAUUCACUUCGAUUGCAAAAAUUUGGUAGUGAAAAUGUAAUCUAUUAUAUUUGGCAUACACCACCAGAACGAUAUAAUAUUGAUUUAUUGAACAAACGUAAAGAGAUACUUGUAGAUGAAUUGAUUCGAUGGAACAAUAGAUUCAAACAACAAAAUCAAGAAAAUUUAUAUGCUGUUGGCAAUCUAUUUACACUAGCCGAUAUCUUUCUUUUACCACAAUUAGCUUUUCUUGUUCAUUGUGGUUAUCCAAUACGAUUACAUGAACAACUCGAUUCCUACUACAAACAUCUAUGUGAUCGUCCAUCAAUUCAUCAAUCAUUUCCACCUCAUUGGUUAACAACUACUUCCAACAUAUUAACCGAUUGUUCCAAUCUUAUUCUAAAACAAUAA